UCGUGUGCUGCAGUCGUUCGAUGGGGGAAUGUUUUUGCGCGGCGCCUUGUCUGUUACCGCGCUGAGCUGAAAGGAGAGCGCAGCAUAGUGUGUGUGUGUGUUAUGCAGGCAUUCCUCUGUCUAGCCUUAGGUGAUUCAGUAGGAGCUUUUGCUGUGUGUGACAGCCACUAUUCUGCUGUUGGUCGUGUGUUUAGCUCGAUAAGCCAUCGAGGAGGAGCUGUCAUUGAGCGCUGUUUGCAUUUGACUGCUGCAGGAGACCGCCAGGAAGGGAGGGAGCAGGAAAGCGGGAGCGCUGGAACGAUGGAGAGACAGCUGUUACCCUUCAUGUCCAUUGGUCUGUUCAUCUUCUCUAGAGAUGCUGCUUGCUAGUGUUUAGCUGUGUGGCUGAUACAGCACGUGCCUGAGUCAAGCUGAAGUCGUACGAUGGCGGUACUGAAUGUUCUCUCUGGGUAGAGGACGGACGGUGAGGUAGCUAGUCAGCUGGGCUCCAUGCUGCUGUGUGCUGAGCAUCACACUGUGUUUGUGUGAGCGAGAGAAGAGAAGCAGCUGAAUUCCUCCACAGCAGAGAGGUUCGGAGCUCCUCGUGGCUUUGUUUAGGCUGCCUGGCAGGAGAGAAACAGUGGGCUGGUUUCAGUGUGUUCAGUCAGAGGCACAAUAAAUGUGUGAGCUGAGCUUUGCAGGUGGCAAGAUUAGUGCUAGAGGUAACUUAGUGUGACUGUGGACCGGACAGACACACACCCAUUCAUUCACACUUAGAGAGACAUGCAUACCAUUGACUGUGUGAAACCGAUAUUAGGGACUUUGUGUAUUUUCAGCCGUUACUGCAUCAUUAGAGCAGUCAGUUAGGCAGGCAGCUCUCCUUACACCUCAGGCUGCUGUUACAUUACAGCAGUGUUCUUUGGGGACUGAUACUCAGAUUGCUUUAUUUAGCCAGCUGUGGAGCCCCUCAUCUCUCUUACCUGGCUUAUGGUUGAGACGGAUAGGUAUUCUAUCCUUCGAGUGCAGAAGGGAUUUAGCCCCUAAACUACUUGAGACUGUGAAUUCAGCAGGUCUUUGGUAGACAGGCAUUGAGAUUUGGAUUGGAUCUGCUUGUGAAGGAAGAGUGCAGCCAUUGAUGGGUCUCGUGGGGGGGGUAUAGUAAAGACUCAGUGGUGCGUGAAAUUGGUUGAGGGAUAGUGUGUCAGACGCGGGGGGGUGGGGGUGUUUGUGUGUGUGUCCAUUCUCACGCGUCAUGCUGUGCCCUGCAUCCUGCCUGCCUCUCCUCAGGGAGAUGGCUCAGUGGCGCUGCCUGCUGGGGUGGCACCGCCAUCACGGGGUCAGCACGGGGGUCACGGCAGGGGCUGGGCUGGGGUCAGAAGUCAGGGUUGUGGUGGGGGGCACGACUCGACCCAUCUGCCGCACCAAUCCGCAACAGGGGAGCAAGUACGCAUCAGCCGGCUGCCUGUUGUCUCUCCACCACAGUGAGAAGCCUGAACACGAGGAAGUGUGUGAGUUCCGUCCCUACACAUGCCCGUGCCCCGGAGCUUCCUGUAAGUGGCAGGGCUCCCUGGAGGCCGUCAUGCCUCACCUGAUGCAUGCCCACAAGUCCAUCACCACCCUGCAGGGAGAAGACAUCGUCUUCCUGGCCACAGACAUCAACCUGCCGGGGGCUGUGGACUGGGUCAUGAUGCAGUCCUGCUUCGGCCACCACUUCAUGCUGGUCCUGGAGAAGCAGGAGAAGUACGAGGGCCACCAACAGUUCUUCGCCGUGGUGCUGCUCAUCGGAACGAGGAAGCAGGCCGAGAACUUCGCCUACCGCCUGGAGCUCAACGGGAACCGGCGGCGCCUCACCUGGGAGGCCACGCCCCGCUCCAUCCACGACGGCGUGGCAGCUGCCAUCAUGAACAGCGACUGUCUGGUGUUUGACACAUCCAUCGCUCACCUGUUUGCUGACAACGGCAACCUGGGGAUCAACGUCACCAUCUCCAUGUGCUGAGCUGCUCAGAUGUGGAAACACACACACCCGUGCGUAGAAGUUACACACCUCUCGUUCUCAGACUUACACACAAACUAGUAUACAGUUACUGACUGCUGUGUGAUGCAGUAGAGUGUGUGUGUGUGUGUGUGUGUGUGUGUGUGUGUGUGUUGAGAGGACAGGUAGGAGAUGGAGAGGAUAUAUGUGUGUGUGUUGCUGCUUGAGGCUGGUUGGCUCCCCAUAAUGCUUGAAUGGAGACUGGCCUGUAGCGUAGUUUCAAGGUGUGUGUGCCUGUUCUCUCGUUGUGUGUGCUGGAGACCGUGUACAGUAGCUUACAUGUGGUGGGCUUGUAAUGAUUGAUGCCCUACCUGUGCCCAGGUGAGUUUGCCUUGCUCCCAGGACCCCACAUCCCUCAACUGCUCCCACCGCGCUCACCCCCACCACCUCUUCUGCCCAGCCAACCAGUGCCAGGCAAGGAGGGCACUGCCCAGGGUAAGAAGGGGCGGUCCGUCAAUCUGCAGCCACCCGGCAGAUUCAGAGAAGCUCCACUUCAACAGCCAGUGGCCCCUGCAGAUGCAGCUUUCUAAUCCUCACAGCGAAUCAAGUUUCAGUAAAUUGCACAGUGGACAAAUCGGGGCUUCAGAGACGCAUGUGGGCAGAGUCGGGGCCUAAUGGUGACCAAUGCGCUGCCUCCCAGUCUGGGUUAGUGUGAGCUGAGGGGUUGCUCAUGCUCUACUAAAGGAUUACACAGACUACUAACCAACUCCUUACUGUUCAAAACAGUAAGCUGCAAAACGCAACCAUUUCCAUAAGUAUGUCAUGCUUAAUUAAACAAGCCUAUGUUAUGUCCAGAGUGUCUAUGAAAUGAAGAUGGUGACACUGUAACUGAGGAAGUUCAGUGUAUAAUAUACACUGAGUGUACAAAACAUUAGGAACACCUUCCUAGUAUUGAGUUGCACCUUCCUAGUAUUGCUUUCAGAACUGCCUCAAUUUGUUGCGGCAUGGACUCUACAAGGUGUCGAAAGCAUUCCACAGAGAUGCUGGCCGAUGUUGACUCCAAUGCUUCCCACAGUUGUCAAGUUGGCUGGAUGUCCUUUGGAUGGUGGACCGUUCUUGAUGCACACGGGAAACUGUUAAGCAUGAGAACCCCAGGAGUGUUGCAGUUCUUAACACACUCAGACCGGUGCGCCUGGCACCUACUACCAUACCCCGUUCAAAGACACUUAAAUAUUUUGUCUUGCCCAUUCAUCCUCGGAAUGGCAUAUAUACACAAUCCUUGUCUCAAUUGUUUCAAGAUUUAAAAAUCUUUCGCUAACCCAUCUCCUCCCCUUCAUCUACACUGAUUUGAUGUGGAUUUAACAGGUAACAUCAAUAAUGGAUCAUAGAUUUCACCUGGUUAGUCUGUCAUGGAAAGAGCAGGUGUUCCUAAUGUUUUGUACACUCAGGCGAUUGAUCCUGAUUGUAAGCAUAUCUGUCCAGCAUGUAGAAUAAAGAAAGGUUCGAUUUUUUUUGGUCUUAGGCGCUCAUCAUAACGUAUCAUAAAGGUUACAUAAUGCCGUCGUAAUGAUGGUAUGAACCCUGUCAUAACCACUGUUCGGUAAAACCCUAGUGCCUAGUUAUUCACAUGGAUUCUGUAUGACAAUACAAACAACAAAAGAAAACAAAGUUAAGUUGAAUAUUUACAUUCUCAAACAACAAAAGCAUGUUACUUCUCUGAAGUCACAAGUUCUGUUGCUCAUACCCUGACUGAUCGAAGGUUAGCUUGUUUGCUAAGAAUGAAGUCCCACACCUUUUUGUAUGGUCAUGUUUCAUUUUCUAUCCCUGAAUGAAAGACCGGACCUUGGGACUAUAAGAUUCUAUCUUACAUUUUGGUCAAAAAUGAGUUAUUCAGAUAGUUACUCUUUUGGUGGUCCUUUACAUGUGAGAGAGGUCUGGGUUUAUAAUGAAUAAAUUAUAAGUUAUAUUUGUGCAAACAUCUUUUUAACUUUAAGGUUCUAUCUGCAAUCCAAUGACAAACCAGCAUUGUGAAUCAAAAAUAAUUGCAUGUAAGGUGAUAUACUUAUUGAGUCAUAAAAGAGUAAGACAUCGCAAAACAGUUUUGACAUCUGGGACUUGGAAAAAUACUCCCAUCUAAAAAUGAUAUAUUUUUCAGAUAGAACCUUAUAGUCCCAAGUUCUUGAUUAUUAUAUCAUAGGUUCUGGUCCUCUUUUUCAAUUCGAUUUUUUUUUUUCUUUUUUUCUCACCACUUUUUCAGAACAAUGGCCAUAAUGUAAGGUAAAAACGAAUAAAUCCAGGUGCAUUAGAGCAUCUUAUAGGCACUUAGGAGAGGCAUUACUGUUUUUGUCUUGUUCUAUAUCAAUACGAAAACCUCCAUGGAAGGGGUAUUUCACUGAAAUUACAAACUUAUCACAUUUUAUUGAUUAAUAGCAAGUAGUUUACUGACCUUGUGUCAGAGACCAGAAAAAUCUAUCAGUUUACUCAUCCAGAGCUAAGCUUUAAGCAACGCUACUAGUUAUCCGUAGGAUAUAGUGCAUUUGUCAUUUUGGGGAACUUUCGCUGUAACAAAUGGGAUGAACGUUAAUUAAGAAAGAAUAAUUCACUACAAAACAGUUCUGAGAUGUGUGAACUUUUAUGCUCAAUAUCUCAGAACUGCUUUGCGCAGAUGGUCCCAAGGUCUCGAGGUGUCAUGUCAUAUGUUAGAUAGCAUUAUGUUCACUUCAUGACACAAGUCAAGUCACAUUUUAUUGUGUGUGUGCGUUUGUGAAUACUUCAAUGUUUGCCUGAAGAUUAGGUUAUUGUCAAAGUUUGUAAAGCACUGAGAAGGUUCUGGAGCAAGUACUACAGUACCACCACGGUUGGGAUUAUAUAUGCUGUGUUUUUCUCUGCAUACACUCCUUACCAACAGAGAAAAGUAUGGAGGAGGCACGCAUUUGUAAAUACACACAUUUUCUUAAUCGUUGAACCUGGUUUACCUUCAGUUAUUUUAUGCUCUGAUAUACUGUAAUAUGGGGGUAGUUUUCCUCUUGUGUCAGUCAACCCACCACAGCCUUACUUUUGUAUGUAUCCUAACUAGCAUGCCCUGCGUUGGGAGGGCAUCUCUGAGGACUAACUCAGACUGACUCAGACCAACCCUUAGUGUCUUGAACAGACUCUCGGUUUGAGUGGACUUGGGUAAAAUCCUGUGACAAAGUGGGUAAAAAUGGGCAUCCCAUAGUAGUCUAGCCAUGUACCUUCGCCCUCACCUGGCAUCAUAGUAACCAAACAAGUACCCACCUUUCCAUGAAAUACCUCUAAUGACGUCGACCACGGAUAUGUCUGUAAUCCAACAGUCCUCUCCUGCUCGCUCUCCUGAUGUCCUACAUGGGGGGGGGAGGUAUCCCCACUACUUGCCCACAAACCCCUGCAGUAUACCCAGAAACACCCUCUGCCGAUCACCACAACUCUCGUCUUUCUUAUAAAUAUUUGAAAUAUGUAAAUGUUGGAUGACCAUAUUUUCUAAAAGAUAGUAUGAGGAUAUUCUGUCAAUUUGAGCGCUAUUUAUGUGUUGUACAUAGGUUUUGAGGUUAUUUGGAGCUGUUGUAACUACCUGAUAUUCUGCUCUAGUGGUCAGUGUCCCUGCUUUACCCACUGCCUGGACAGACAUUUCUGCCAACACAGUCCUUUGGGCAGCACAGUUCUGCAAUCACUAUGGUUUAUCUGUAAUGUCAGCAAAAAAUGCUAACUGUGACGGUCAUAUUUUCCUAUAAUGGACUUAAGCCUUUAAUGCUGCGUCAGUUAUCAUGAUCAGUUGCCAUGAGUCAUCGAGAACUGCAGUCAUCUUUUAAUAAUUUUUUUAACCUUUAUUUAAUCAGGGAGUCAUACUGAGACCAAUGUCUCAUUCACAGAUUAUCCCUGAAUUACAGAAAAUACGCAUAUCAAUACACAAUGCAAGCAGAAAGAAAAACAUGGUCAUAAAAAACAAACACAUACAUCAGUAAUAAUAGUAAAGAUGAUCUGUUUGGCAUUUCAUUAAUAUAUUGUUAAUGGGGCAAUAGGAGAUCAAAUCAGUGAAAACUAAGGCAGAGACACUGUCCACAAAAUGAGAUUUCAGGAUUUUAUGGUGCAUUUGUUUCCACUUUGCAAAUUGAAAACACCUUUUAGGGCUUUUCACAUGAUUCAAACACAGAAAACCUGAUUUUUUUUAACAGUUUCCCUUCCAAAAUGUGGACAUUAUUUCAUUCAUAUUGUAAUUAAUUAUAGAUCAUAGAAAUAUUUAAUAGAAAUCUGGAAACACUGGACAGCUACUUUAAACAUACGAUGGCAGAUAGAAAUCCUUUGCAGGUACUGUCAUAUGAAUACCAAGUCUUAGAAAUGCUAAUGAAUACCUAGGUUGUCAUUACAGUGGGUAUCAUAAGUAUUCAUCCCCCUUGGAUGUAUUUACAAAGUGGGAUUGAAAUUGAUGUAAUUGUGAUUUUUUUGGGGGUCAUUAUACUACACGAAAUACUCAAUGUCGAAGUGAAAAUAAUUCUACAAAUGAAUAAACAUUUUAUUACUUGAA